AUGGAAGUUGUUGGUACAGUUGCUGCAACUGCGCAGCUCGUGGGAAUAGCAAUAGGAUUGCUCAACUCAAUUGCUCAAAUCCAUGACCUCAUCAAACACGUUCCAGACCGAUACCAAAGAUGGCACGUUGAGCUUGAUCUGUUAGGGGAAGCCAUCACCUGGAUUCAGCAGAAUUAUGCGCUCCAGACAUGGCAAGUUCGUCGAGUAUUGGAGAGUAUGCGGUCAAAAAUGCAGAGCCUCUUGAAGCUGUGUCAGACAUAUGCACCCCCGUCAAAAGCGAGUUGGAUUAUAAAGAUCUUUAAGAACCUUUCAGCCCAUGCAAUAGAGCCUCGCAUAAUAGAGCACCUUCAAUCCUUGGAGCAUGAUAAAACAACGCUCCUUCUAGCAAUUCAGUUACCUAUACCAAACUCGGACGAAAAUUGUUUGAUAAACAACAAAAUGCCCAAGCCCAACUUUAUGAGAGUCACUCACCAUACUUUCACCAACGAUGGCCUUAGAGUGGCUGCCGGAGGUAGUCAGCAGGCCUUGACCGAGAUUGUUCCGCGCCCCGACCUGGAUUUGAGUAGAUCCAUCCGUUGUGUUGGGCAUACUGGCACAACUCAACACAGUAGAGAUAACGGUAAUAAAAUGAAAUUUCCACAAAACUAUCGCUUCAUUGCACUUGGAGAAACGACCUUCCAAGGGACACUGGAUCCUGAGCUAAACGACGCCCCAUAUUACAAGACGAUGCCUCGUACAGAAUACGCGAACACUUUCAAGAAAAUCAGAAUUAAAGGAGACCGAGAUUUUGUGGGUAAUGCGAUGGGCAUUGGAGGGACCUUUGAGGAUAUCAUUGUAGAGGGUCAUGACAAUGCAGUUGGACUCUGUUCACAACCUAUGAUGAAGAGACCUUCGUCACCCCCGCACCACCAAGCAAAAUAUCCAAACUCCCAUGCCAGACAAGGGAAAGGUCAUGAUGGACACAACAGCGGUGUGAUUGGCGAGAAUUAUUCUCGCCACGGAGUAUACAGCGGGGGUCAAGAGGCCACUAACGAGGAUUUCGAUGAUAUGGUUAUAGAUGAGCAGAACGCCGAAGAAAAUGAUCAUGACAGAAUGGACUUGGAUCCUCGAUAG